AUGCAAUUAAUACAACUAAGUCUAGCUGGUCUCAUGGCUAUAAGUGGUGCUCAGUCACUAUUCAUUCCCAAGAAUCAAGAUGAGUUUGAGCUAAUCACCACGAAAACCGACGUCAAGAGCUUGUUCAAGAAAUACCCCAAUGGAAAAGUACUUGAUGACAUCAAUGAUCCCAAUGAAAAGAUAUUUGUUUAUGAUGUUGAGACGGUGAUGCUGAAGUUGGUCAAAUGA